GUGAGGCACAAUGGCCAAGACCGCCAGGGACCUGCUGCUGGAGACCCUGGAGAAUUUAGGGGAGAAGCAGUUCAAGAGGUUUAAGGGGAAACUGAAUGACUGGGAGGUCCCUGACGGGUACAGACGGAUCCCUAGGAACCAACUGGAGAAGGCAGACGAGGAUGAUGUUGCCGAUCUCAUCAUCCGUUCCUACACAGAGUCCUAUGGGAUUGAGGUGGCCCUGGGGGUGCUGGCUGCUAUUGGGGAGAUGGACCCCCAUGAAAAGCUUCAUAAAUCCUGGCAGAAAGUUGCUGCUUCAACCCCUCCGGUAAAGCCUGGGGCAGAUAGUCAGAGAGUGACCCCUACAGACGGGCAGCACUUUGUGCAUCGGCACCAAGUAGCUCUGAUUAAGAGAGUGUCCCACAUUGAUCCAGUCUUGGAUGGGCUGCUGGGUGAUGGGACCCUGACCCAGGAAGAGUACGACACAGUGAGAAGCAAGGGCACCCCCCAGGAGAGGAUGAGGCAACUCUAUGCCUAUAUCAAGGCCUGGGGGGAGAUUGAGAAGGACAAGUUCUACCAGUACCUGUUGGAGGAAAAUGGGCCGCUGGUCAGAGACCUAGAAAACAACUAAGAUUCCUUCCCAGAAUGCUCCAGUUUGUACAUGUAGCCAAGUUGAAGUUAAAAACAGUGUCUUCCGACUGCCGGCCCUUCUCGGAAUGCCACCCUCUCAUGCUGCCAGUCGGACUGUUAGCUUCUGUAUCUGAAAACCCAAGUGUCACAAUCCAUAAAGUGGUGCUUUUGCCCCAUACGGGCACAACAGUGUCAUAUUGUUUACUUAGAUAGGAACAUUUUUUACAUUUUGUACCAUUAAUGAAAUAAAACUACUUUUUCGGGUUUA